CUCCCGCCGCCGUGCUGUAGUGUGCCGACGGCUGUGAUCGCGCGCGCCGCGCCGCCACGAGCCCAGUCCCUUACGCGCGCUCUCGGGCCGCUCGGCCUCGGCGCCAAACGAGCACCAGGCCGACGUCGACCGUUUAGUUGGACGGGAGCGGCGUGAGCUUAUUCUCGCCCUUCUCGCCGCGUCGACAGAGUCGUCAGCAAAAAGAAGAAACAGUGCGUCGACAGGAAGCACCGUGACGAACAUCUCCACGAAAUGGAAGCUUUGGUGUUCUGCAGAGAACGCCGCGCGACUUCCCUGUAACCUUUCCAUAAUCGCUAUAUGCGGGAAUAGGCGCGAGCGAGCGCAAAGAAGUGCCUCUGGCCUGGCGUCAUCAACGACAUGGGAAGGAGGCGCUGAGGCCGGCGUGGGAGCGACAAAGUGAGCAGGUCACGGCCUGAGCCCAAGUCUGCGCCAUGGUGGCCGAGGACACGGUGUACCCGCCGGGGGACCCACGCCGCUUCGAGACGGUGGAGCUGGGCGUGGUCAACCCCGCCUUCACGUCCGACGAGCAGCAGCCGCACCAGGAGAACGGCAGGCAGCAGCCGAGGCGCGGCCUGCCGCACGAUGCCACGCCGAAGGAGAAGGCCGCCGCCGACGAGGACGACGUCGACUCCCACUCGCUGCGCUGCGGCUGGGGCUGCCUCGCCCCCGGCUGCCUGCAGCGCUUCCGCACCGCAAAGUGGGUCCUGUUCUGGCUGUGCUGGGCCGCCGGCAUCCAGGGCAUGGUGGUGAACGGCUUCGUGAACGUGGUCAUCACGACGAUCGAGCGGCGCUUCGGGCUGCGCUCGUCGCAGUCGGGGCUAGUGGCGGGCGGCUACGACAUCGCCUCCUUCCUGUGCCUCGUGCCCGUCACCUACCUGGGCGGCAGGGCCGGCGCCUCCAAGGCGCGCUGGAUAGCCUGGGGUGUCGUCCUCAUAGGCUGCGGCUCCCUGCUCUUCGCCACGCCCCACUUUCUGGCCGGCCCAUACCGCGGCGCCUCGCACCACGAGGACACCUGUAGGUCGGACAACUCCACCAAGAUGCCCGUCGCAGGCGAGUGCGACGCGUCGCAGGGCAGCGGCAGCCCAGCCGACAGCAACCUGUACCUGUGGCUCUUCCUGCUGGGUCAGCUGCUCCACGGGGCCGGGUCAGCCCCGCUCUUCACUCUGGGCGUCACAUUCAUCGACGAAAACGUUUCAAAGAAGAUGUCGUCCGUCUACCUCGGCGUGUUCUACAUGAUGGCCACGGUCGGGCCGGCCCUCGGCUACGUGGUGGGCGGCCAGCUGCUCCGCGUGUACACGGACUUCCUGACGACGGACGCGGCCACCCUGGGGCUGACGCAGCUCUCCAGCGUGUGGGUGGGCGCGUGGUGGGUCGGCUUCAUCGCGUCGGCCGUGCUCUGCUUCGCGCUCGCCAUCCCGCUGCUGGCCUUUCCCGUCGAGAUGCCCGGCGCCGCCGACCUGCGCGCCGAGAAGGUGUGCGAGGCCCACGGGCCGUCGAGCAGCUCGACGGCGGCCUUUAGCAAGCUGCGCGAGAUGCCCGCCGCCUUCCGCACCCUCAUCGUCAACCCGGCCUUCUUUUUCCUCAACAUGGCGGGCGCCUCCGAGGGGCUGCUGCUGGCGGGGUUCGCCGCCUUCCUGCCCAAGCUCAUCGAGAACCAGUUCAGCGUGGCAGCCAGCCGGGCGGCGCUUCUCAUGGGUCUGGUCACCGUGCCUGCCGGGGGCGGCGGCACGUUCCUCGGCGGCUAUCUGGUCAAGCGCUUUUCGCUCAGCUGCGCUGCCAUCAUCAAGCUCUGCAUCGCGACGGCUGCGCUAGGUGUCGCCUUCACGCUCUGCUUCUUCAUCUCCUGCCCCAACAUCGCCUUUGCCGGCGUGACACGCGCCUACGGCGACGCAGAGAACGGUUCGGCCAGCCUGCCGGCCCUCGGCGCCCUGGGCCUCGGCAGCGCCUGUAACGCGGGCUGCGGCUGCGAGGCGACCGCCUACAACCCGGUGUGCGGCGCCGACAACGUGCUGUACUACUCGCCGUGCCACGCCGGCUGCGCCAAGGAGAUCAUGCUGGACACCGCCAGGGUGUACCAGGACUGCGCGUGCGUCAACGCUGCCCCGGCAGCCCCGCUGUCGCUGUCGGCCCCGCUCGAGCGCCGGCGACGACGGUACACCACGCCGGGCGAUGACCCGGAGGAGGAUGGCGAGGAGAGCGCCUUCGUUACCCAGGACCGCAGCGGCAGGGGCAGUGCCGUCGACUACGACGCCGUGAACGAGCCCUGCACCUCCGGCUGCAACCUGCUGUGGCUCUUCAUCGCCCUGGCCUUCUUCACGAUGCUCGUCACGUUCCUCGUGACCAUGCCGGCGCUCACCGCCACGCUGAGGUGUGUGCAGGAAGAGCAGCGGUCCUUCGCGUUGGGAAUUCAGUGGAUCAAGGUGCGCCUGUUGGGCACCAUCCCCGCCCCCAUGAUCUUCGGCCUGCUCAUCGACGAGACCUGUGUGCUAUGGCAGCGCGACGAGUGCACCGGCGAGGCCGGCGGCUGCAUAGCUUACGACAACCUGUACAUGAGCAGGUACAUGCUGGCCCUCGCUUUCGUUGGCAAAUCCUGCUCCUUGCUGUUCUUCUUCCUGGCUUGGAGGUUGUACAAACCGCCCAUCAGUAGCUCCAAGAACGGGGCUGAUCAAGCCAACUCUAAGAGACUAACAUCAAGUCUCGCUUCCACGGCGUCUGGUACACAGCAAACUGAAGUGUGCUAACCUUGCACCCUGAAUAGACUAAACAGCCUACUGGGCUAAUCUGUAUAGGAGACACCCAGCAUCUCGAAAGGCGAAAUCAAGGUAACGGGCGUGAAUCGACGUGGGAAGAUGCGUACCAAACGUAGAUAGAACCCAACAAAUGUCAAGAGUAUUUUCUUAAGUUUCACACGCUUAAGUACAAAAUAACAAAAUCAAGAGAAUUGUAUUCUCGCUGUGCUGGGGCAGUUUUGAAAAGAACAACCUAGUUGAGAAAAGAAAUCGCGUAGGUUAGCUAAAGUCACUGUCAAAAGUUGAUUGUCAAUAAGGAUUUGUCGAUUACCUCGAUUUCAAAGAAAAUAAAUAUGGCCUCCAGGUGAAGGACGCCAUACAAGAUGCACCUUAUGAGGGAUCUGCGCUGUGAUUUUUUCCAAUACGAACUGUGAUAUGUAGUAAGUGCUCAGUCUCUCUGCGCAUAGUUAUAGAUAAACUUAUAACAGUUGUACAACAAUAUGCACGGAGGUCGCUGUGCCCCGUCGUAGCGAACGCGUAUACCAGCUCGAAUGCAUAGGUGCGUGUUGGUUUGCCUAAAGUUUGUAGCCGUGGCGACUUGGGGUGGUCCCCGUGCGAAUAGGCAACCAGUCCAUAUGUCUUUAUGCAGGCUAGUAUACCCACCCACUUGCUGCUCCGACGAGGCGCAACGACCACCCUGUAUUAGGCGGUUGACUUACGCCGCGCACUUCCGUAGUUAUACUGUACCUCAUGCACGCAUGCAAGCGGGUUGCCAACUCGCACGCGGCCGCCAAGAGCGGUGGGCAUUGAGGAUAGGCAAACCAGCCAGCACCUGUGCAUGCAGUACAGUAUAACUACAAAAGCGCGCGACGCGAAUCAGACACCUGGCAUGUCCAACUAAUCUCUCUAAUGCGAGAAUACUGCUCUAGUCUUUAGGGUGAACUUUUCAUUAUGAUGUCAACACAAUAAAAUUCAGCCAUUCUCGAGCUGCCCAAAAAACCUUAUAGGUAAAUUGUCAGUUUGUAGAGCUUGUAUUCUGUGUUGAGGGGUAACACAACAGGGUAACAAUCUCAAAAAAUAUAUAUUCUAGUAAAUGUUGCAAAAACUAGAAAUUAAGAUAAAUAUAAAACAUCCCAAGCGGUUAUUGUGAUUUUAACUUUAAAAUAAAAGUAGCUUUUCACCUGAAAACGUGUAACUGUAACUGUAUUUCUGUCGCUACAAACUUUCGUUUUGCACAAAGAGCGGUUCACAGUGUUGAACACCCACUUCUCUGGGUGAAAUGCGACGAUUAUUAAGAGUAUAGUACAUGUUUUGUAUUGAGGAAAUAAAAAUUGUGCGGAGCCAAAAUAUAUUA